UGUUUGGAUGGAAGUGCUUCAUCCUAAUGGCAAUUUUCACAAUUGUAGAGAAGUGUGAUUUGUAUUGCCUGGAUCCACAAACACGCAGACCGUAUAAAAGACAAAGAUCGAUGUGGGCAGGCCAACCAAAGACGAUAAAAGAGACUACAUACAUAAUUAUACGUUUAUUUUUUUUUAACGAAUCAUCACCUACUUCUAAGUAUACCUAAGGGACACUACUCUUAAAGUUGUCGUAAAGGAUAAGAGUUACCACCUUCGAAUAAAGAAGAAAAGAGGGAAUCCACAUUGUCUUUAUUAAACAAAGCAAAAAAACGCGUGCAAUAAUAUAAACAGGGAAUAUCAUGGAAAAGUGCAAAGAGCUUAUAAGAAGAGUCACAGUUGCGUGGUAUUGUCACUCGUACAAAGAAAGGCAAGAUUCAUUGUCCGUGAAUAAGAACUCCAGUCUUUACACGACUAUGUUGUUCUGUCUGCUGUUUAUCUCUACAAAUUUUGUGAAUAAGAUGCAAAGUCUAGGUGCAGAACAUAUGGCAAGAAAAUUUGCUAUACAAAGAUACUAGCAUGAAAACAUCUCACACAGGAGAAUAUUGUGCAGUAAUCACCUUGAUUUGUCUUAGUUUUUAUUAUCCAACACUCUUCAAUGUCCCCAAACCACCACCAUCAGCAUAGUUGCAGACCCUUCUUUGCUUUAUAUUACUGUUCAGAAGGGCACCAGUUGCCAGUCCUAUUGUUUCUAUGGUACCAUACAGUUUACAUAUCUGCAUGCAUUUUGUAGUUUGUGCUUGUAUUCUUAUGAAUAACAAUACAUUAUUGAUUUUGAAUUAUUAACAUUGCUUCUUUUAAUUAGACCACUUUCGAAAUCUAUUCCUUCCUCAUUUUUUUCCUACUGACACUAAAGACCUUUGUUUUCAUUACUUCUGCUGCCUUCCCAUAUACUUUUAAUAGUGGUAUUUGUGUUUGCAUUAAAUUUAAUUACAAAGCAUUCAAACUUCUAGACUUUUUUUGGGGGGGAGGGAUUUGACAUUAUUUUUUUGAUGUAUGGACAUUGACUGUCUAUACUGACAAGAAAAUGUCAGAUUUGACUGGGUUUUUUUUUUUCAGUGACAGAACACUGUCUCUUAUUUUACACUACGCUAUGUUACACUUGGCUUUUAGUACAAGCUUGAGACUGAUUUGUGCAGAUUACUGGUAUGGUGAUGAUAGUUGAAUUUUGUGAUAGUUGUCAUUAUUGUUACAAAUUCUGAGAGCACUAUAAACAUUUGAAGUGUUUGAGUGAAACAGUCAUAUUGUUUGACAAAAAAUGCAUAUUUCUCUACAGUAGGUAUGGGUCCUACACAAGAAGCAUAGUCAGCACAGAUGGAGGUGCGGAUGAAGAUGUAAGAAGCCGACUAAAUAAUAUCAGGCUUGCAUUCCACAUCCUGGAACUCCAAGGCAUUGUCUCUGCACACCAACAUCCACAUCUUCAGUGCAAACGUGAAGUCAGUCCUUCUAUAUGGAUCUGAGACACAGCAUGUGACCAACACCUUCAUUGACAAGAUUCAGACAUUCAUCAACAGAUGUCUGCACCACAUCCUCAACAUUAGAUGGCCCGAAAGCUCUCCAAUACAGAUGUGUGGGAGAGAACCAACCAAAAACCUGCCAGCCAAGAAGUGGAAUGGGGACUGGAUUGGUUAGACCCUGCAAAAGCCGGCCGACAAUUUAAUGAGACAAGCUCUGGGCUGGAACCAACAGUAGCGGUGCAGGGUUGGGAGACUCAGAAAGACAUGGAGGAGAUCAGUCCACAUCGAGGCAGAGGCAGCUGGCUUGACAUGGUCCCAACUGGGAAGGGACACCCAGACCCAGAUCCGAUGGCAUGAUUUAGUCGCGGGCCUAUGCUUAACUGGGGCCAGAAAGGAAUAAGAAGAAGACAAGAAGAGUACCUAAAAAGUAUGUUUUGUCAGUGCUGAAGUUUACCUAUCCAACAAUUUUCCAAGGGUGGCAGACAUUUGUUGGUGCAGUUGUUCUCAAAAUGCUCAUUGUCUUAGGGUAUGUAGGCCCUCUCCUGAAAGGUAUUGACAGGUAUUCUGUUGCUCCUUGGAUGCCAGGCAUGAUGCUUUUCCUUGUGUCCAUCUAUGCAGGAUCUCGAGCACUUGCUAACCUGCCUAUUCCAGUAUAUUUUUGUAUGCAGAAUACAGUGUUGCUUUUCAAGGUUGUCAUACAAAUAUUUGGUAACAAAAAGCUUCUAAGUAUUUGUUCAUAUAUGAUGCUGAUGGUUACUGCAAUGUCAUCUGUGGCAAUCUCCAUCACUGAUCCUCAAUUUUCUGCAGAUGGCUACUUCUGGAUGGCAAUUAACAUUUUAAGUAGAGGUUUUUUCCAUGUGUACUCACAUCUAAUACGGAACAGAUUGGAGUCUUUGGACAGAUUAUACUGCUGCUAUAUUUACAGCUUGCUAAUGCUAGCACCUUGUAGCUACUUGCUUGGUGAUGCCUUGGAAGCUGUCAACUAUCCAUACCUAUACUUCACAAAAUUUUACCUUGGCUGUAUAUUCAGUGGUGUGUUGGGAAUUUUUCUCAAUUUAACUGCAAUACAGCUGCAGAAAAGUGACUCUUUGCCUGGUGGCCUGGAUUUUUCUGGUGUACAGGCAAUAUCUAGAAUACUUGGAUCCAUCAUAUCCUUCUUCAUUUUCCCAACAACGCUUACAGCAAAUUUUGCAUUUUUGUUAGCAGUCAAUCAACUGUGCAGUGUUGUUGUGUCGGAUGCUAUUGUUUGGCAUCCAUUACCAACAGUCAUCCCAUCAUCUAUAAGCUCUAAAAGUUCUGCCUCUUUACCAGACAUGGAACAGCUGGAGCAAAAUAAAUUUCAGAAAGACAUGCUCAGGGUUGAGCUUGAGUGACUAUCUUGGAUCAAGUUUCUCAUUUUUUUCAGAAAGUUUUAUGUGUAUGCCUCUUGUCUAAGGAUUACGAAGUCAAUUUUUGCAUAGAUGACCAACGAAGCACCAAAUUAUUUUUACGCUGGAGAUUAUUUACAGUACUGGAGAUCUGUCACAUGCAGAAAUGUACUGCUUAUAAUUUCACACAAAAUGUUACCAACUGGGCUAUGGCUAAAUUAUGCACCAACGAGACUCACCAGUACUGAACUUUGGCACAUUCCUGUUUGUGGUAACAAAUAUCAGCCUGGUGCAAUUAUAAGUUGUCAGGAUUAAAUUAUUUCCAUUCUGAUGCAAGUUUGUUAUUAGUUCUACGUCAAAUUAUUUGCAGUUUCUUUCGGGGUUUUUUUCCACGUUUUUCUGGUGUAUCCAAUAUUUAGAGUAUGAGCAUGGAUGGCAUGUAAGAUUCUCGAAUUUCUGUAAUCAGUUGAUAGUACGAGAUAUAUAAAUUCAAGCAUUGCAGGUAAUAUUCCAUUAAGUGCAGUAAAACAUUGUAUUGCAAAAACAGCAAAUUGAUUGAUAUGUUUUAAUAUGCAAAGAUUUUAUAAUAGUUUAAUUAAAAGGUACCAGUUUAUAAUUACAGUUUUAUCAUAUACAGAUAUAUCAAGACAGGUUUUCAUGUGCCUUUAGUUAGGUUUCCUUUUCUCUAGAGUUCUUUGAAAUCUUCGAUGUUUGGAGAUAUUUACUGAAAGGAGAGACUUUUAGGGAGCUGAAAUUUAUUAUUGUACUAAUGUGCAUAAACACAGAGUUUAAAAA